AGGGAUCGGAGGCCUCUAUCGCCUCUAUGUCUUACAGCCACGCAAUGGAGAACAACAACAACACUUCCACAAGUCACAAGUCCACUUCCGUUCCCGCUCGACCGACACCGACGACGCCAUCAUCGCGUUGUUAAUUGUGAUAGCGAGAGUGAUGUACGGAAAUUACGCCGGCGGUGCCGGUGCGUAUGGAGGCUAUCAAGGCUACACACAAGCUGCCCCAGCACCCGGUGGAGCUCCGCCUACAGCAGGUGUAGGCAACACCUCUGUGGCACCACCUUCUUACCCACCUGCCCCAGCAUCUUACGAUGGAGCUUCCUCGGGAUGGCAGCAGCCUCCUCCUUCCCAACCUCCAGGUGGAGGCUAUCAGGGUCAAAGUUUCACAGGACCCCCACCCUCUACGGGUGGAUAUAAUGCUCCCGUAGGUGGUCAGUUCCAGUCUGGAAAUUAUAGUCAGCCACCUCAGACAGGGGCUCCUGGUGGUUACGGAGGCCCUCCACCCUCAGGUCCCCCUCCCUCUGCUGGUGGCUACGGUGGGUCACCGGCAGGUGGCUAUGGCGGUGGUGGUGGUGACCGGGAAAGGGAUAGGAGUGCAGGACGCUAUGAUGGAAACCGUGACAGGGGUCGGGAUGACAGGGGUGGCCGGGAUGACCGCAGUAGAGAUGACAGCAGAGGCCGCGAUGACCGCGGUUAUGGUGGUGGGCCCAGAGGGGGCAAUGGAGGUUACAACAGUGGCGGCAGAGGUGGUUUUAAUAAAGGUGGCUACGACGGAGGUUCUCGCGGCGGCGGCGGGGAUAGAGGAUCUUCCGGCCGGGAUGACUUCAUCGUACAGGAAGAUACCAUUUUCAUAUCUGGAAUGUCCCCCUCUUUGACUGAAGACGAUGUUCGCACGCACUUCGGAGCUAUUGGAAUUAUCAAGACCGACAAGAAAACUAUGAGGCCCAAGAUUUGGAUGUACAAUGACAAGAACACUGGAAAGUCCAAGGGUGAAGCAACAGUCACAUAUGAUGAUGCCCACACAGCCAGAUCAGCCAUUCAAUGGUUUGAUGGCAAGGACUUCAAGGGCUCCAGCAUCAAAGUCCAGCUCGCUACGAAGCGGGACAACUACGGCAUGCGGGGAGGCGGCCGCGGAGGUGGCCGCGGCUUCGGCCGUGGCGGAGGCGGCGGCUUCGGUGACCGCGGUGGUGACCGUGGCGGUGACCGCGGAGGCUACGGAGACCGUGGCGGAGACCGGGGUGGAUUUGGCGGCCGCGAUGGUGGAGACCGUUCAGGAGGAGGCGGUGGUGGAGGCGGCGGCGGCGGCUUUGGUCGCGAGGGUGAUUGGAGGUGUACGAAUCCUAGCUGCAGUAACACUAAUUUCGCCUGGAGACAACAGUGCAAUCGGUGUGGUGAAGACAGGCCAGAGGGUGCAGGCGGUGGCGACCGUGGCAGUGGGGGACGUGGCCGCGGCGGCGGCGACCGGGGCGGCUUCCGCGGUGGCCGCGGUGGCGACAGGGGCGGCGGUUUCCGGGGACGCGGCAGCGGCGGCCCGAUGAGGGGAGGCAUGGGCGGCGGCGGUGGCGGCGGUGACAGAGGAAGGGAUCAUCGCAGCAGGCCAUACUGAGAACACCCAGCAAUCUUCAAAUCAUCUUCCAUUGUGUGAUCAUACCGCAUUGUAUCUCCUUGUGGGGAGACUAUUCAAUUUUUUUUGAAACCUGUGCGCCAGCCGGUAAUUUUGAACCAUUUUUUUAUCUAGUGUUUGUGACCUUGCAUUUAUUGUAAUUGCUUCCUGUUGAGAAAGUGUGAAUUGACCGACAAAUGUAUUUAAUAGGAUAAAUAAUAUGCUUUAGUCAAUAA